CAUGGGCUGUUUCUAACAACUCCAUCUUCUUCAAUACUGUGUAUAAAAUCACCUCUGCAACUCUCUCCAUUUUCCACUCCAAAAGAACUCAAUUUUCUAUCCCUUCAAACCAGAACAAAAAUCCGCCAUAGCUAUGCUGGGCAAGAGAUUAAACCCGGUGGCCGGAAAGAUAGCCGGCGGGCCGACCAGCCCGAGAAGUCCUUUGAAAAGUUUCGAUCUUGGAGGGGUUGGGCUGGCGAUUGUUGCCGCCCUGGAAAAAUCUUGUGAGAGAGGGGAGAGUGCGGGGAGAAAAGUGGUGUGUAGCCGGAAUUCGCGGCGGUCGGUGCCGAUUCCGGUGAGCUCCGGGAGGAUUCCGGCGAGAAUUGUGGGGAGUUUUAGAGGGAGCCUGGAGGAAGAAGAAGAAGAAGAAGAGUAUACGGUGGUGACUUGCCGCGGCUCCGACAACAAACCGUACACUAGAGUCUACGGCGAAGUCCCGAGCUCCAGAAGCAACCGCCCGAGCGUUUUCACGAUAUCUCCGGCGAGGCUCGCCGAUAUUCCGGCGUGCCCGGAUUCCGAUUUCCUCAGCUCCUGCCAUUUAUGCCGUAAAAAACUCUCCGGCAAAGACAUUUACAUGUACAGGGGUGAAACGGCGUUUUGUAGCACGGAGUGUAGAUAUCGGCAGAUAGUGAUGGACGAGCACAAAGAGAAGUGCAGUUCUGAGAUUUCUAGGUCCGCCGAUAUUUCAACCUCCCCUUAUACAAACGGUCAGAUGUUUUCAACCGGAAUUCUGGCCAUCUGAACCAUAAUAACUCGCCGGCGACGGCGACGGCAACGGCGCAUAAUAAAUAAAUAUAAAUCCUACUAAACUUAAACCUUAAUCCCUGAUUCCCAGUUAAUCCAGUAUGGGGAUUAUGGAUUAUAUAUAGUAGCGAUGUAUAUAUUCGAUCUAGUGUAUAAAGUAUAACUCCGGAAUAUUACUUCUUUAUACGGUACGCCUGAGAAACAACAACGUCAACGACGACGAUCAUCUCCCUCACGGGAACGAAAUAUUUUUGCCCGGAUAUAAAGAUAAAGAUCUCAUCUUUAUGCUCCUGUAAUGAAAAUUUUGAAGUCUUUUUUCUUCUUGCAUA